GCCCCCUAAGGGGUGGGAAGGAGGAGGAGAGGAGCCCUCCUGCCGCCCCGCGGCGCUGCGUGAGGGUAUCUGCGCCGCACGCCUUCACGGGGACUCCGCUGGGGGCUGAGGGCGGGGGCAGGGCGGCUGAGGGGAGGACGGGGGGGCGCUGGGGCCACUGGGCCCGGGGUCGCCGUGGUGGCGGGGCGGGGGGUCCCGCUGUGCCCCGCCGCCAUUUUCUCCGCGGGGACUGAGGGAGAAAGAGACCGCCCCCGGCCCCGCCGCCAUCUUGGGUGAGGGCACCGCCGCCGCGCUUUGCCCCCGCAGCGGGGCGAUGGGUAUCCGCUACCGCUCGAAGGGCGCCGGUACCUGAGGAGGAGGAGGAGGAGGGUAAGCACGGCGCGAGCUCUUCGGGCUUCACGCCCGUUUCGCAGAUGCGGUGCGGCGCUCCGCCGCUUCUCCCACUCCUCCAAACAGCGCGAGGCGCAGCCUGGGAGCUGCGGCAGCUUCACUGCCCGCGCCCAAGAUGGCCGGCGGAAGCGGUCUGAGGGCACUCUGCGCUCACUCUAUAGCCGGGAAGGCGGGGCGCGGCGCUGGGUCCUCCACGCUGCUUGUGCUGCCUGAGGGAGCGGCCGUAGAAGGGCGGAGUUUCGCUCCUCAGUAUCUCCAUGCGGUCGCCGGAGCACAGCGAAGCCUUUCACCGAACCCACCCCGCCCCUUGUGGGUCCUCCAUCCGUGUUUUGUCUCAACAUGGCCCGUCCCUGCCCUAUGAUCCCCCUCAGCAGCCCGCGCUCCCCCUGAGGCCUACCUGCCUCAGCCCCACACGGGGACGUGGCGGCCUGUGGGCCUUCUCUGGGCACAGAGCGGCUCCAGAGAGGAAACCGCUGCUGGGAAGUGGUGGAAGCGCUGCCGCAGCCCUGCAUCUGAGGGAGAGCGGGGAGAUGGAGCGGCCACACUUGGAUUCCAUUGCUCCGGUGUCAGCUAUGGGCUGCUGCCCCGGCCCUGCCGAGCUCUGGUGCUGCUGAACCCGCAGAGCGGCGCUGGCCGCGCCCUUGAGGACUUCCAGGCGGUGGUGCAGCCCAUGCUGGCUGAUGCAGACAUCGCAGCCACCGUCUUUGUCACCGAGAGACCCCACCACGCUCAGGAGAAGGUGCGGGAUGAAGACCUGUCGCAGUGGGAUGUGCUGGUGGUGAUGUCUGGGGAUGGUCUGCUCCACGAGGUGCUGAAUGGGCUGAUGGAGCGGCCGGACUGGGAGGAGGCCCUGCAGACACCGCUGUGCAUCCUGCCCGGGGGCUCCGGGAAUGCCCUGGCUGCCUCCAUCAACUACUAUGCGGGCAACGACCACGUGGCCAAGAAGAAACUGCUGACCAACUGCACCUUCAUCCUGUGCAAAGGGCUGCACGCCCCGAUGGACCUGGUCUCGUUGAGCACAGCCUCGGGCAAACGCUUCUUCUCCUUCCUGGGCUUCGGAUGGGGUUUCAUCGCCGACGUGGACAUCGACAGCGAGAAGUACCGGCGGCUGGGCAACGCGCGCUUCACGCUGGGCACGCUGCAGUGCUUGGUGCGCCUGCGCGUCUACCAGGGCCGCCUCUCCUACCUGCCUGCGGCCACCGAGCCGGGCACCCCCAGGGACCGCAAGGCGCCCGCCCGGCGGGCCGCACCAACAGCGGGGACGGAGGCGCCGAGCGGGCACGGGGCGCUGCCCGCUGACACGCUGCUGGUGCCGCUGGGGCAGCCGGUGCCGCCGCAUUGGGUGGUGGUGCCCGAGGAGGAGUUCGUCUGCGUCUACGCCAUCUACCAGUCCCACCUGGGCACCAACCUGCUGAUGGCCCCGGCGGCGCGGCUGCACGACGGCUGCAUCCACCUCUUCUACGUGGGGGCGGGCAUCAGCCGCGUGGCGCUGCUGAAGAUCUUCCUGGCCAUGGGCAGGGGCACGCACCUGGAUCUGAACUGCCCCCACCUGCACUGCGUCCCGGUGCGCGCCUUCCGCCUGGAGCCGCGGGGCAGCGCCGGCAUCAUGACAGUGGACGGAGAGGCGUUGGCGUGCGAGCCCGUGCAGGGGCAGAUCCACGGCCACAUGUGCCGCGUGGUCACCGCUUCGUAGGGCCGGCAGCGGGCGCGCAGCCCUCCUCCCACUCAGGAACCUCCUCUUCCAGCAAUAGUUCUCCGCGCCCACGGAGCUCUCCGUGCCCGCGGGGCGCUCGGCCUUUUGCUUAGCUUUACCCUCCUGGGGACAGCGCCGUCCCAGAAAUGAGCCCCGAGCUGCAGCGGGUGCUCAGCGCCAGCUCCGUCCUGGUGCCAUCGGUACGACGUCCCGGUCCUGGGCGGCUGCGCCGGCACAGCCGCGGCCCCAGGUUUGGUGGCACCGCUCGUGGCCCCGCCGGGUGAGCCGGGACCAAACAGCAGCAACUGGGAGAAAUCCAUCAUUGCGGUUUCGUUUCUUUGUUCGUUUGUUUUUUGUUUUUUUUUUUAAAGAGCGUUUCUACCCAAAGCUUCCCGUAGAAGCAGAGUUUAUUCUUGUGAGAAAUGCAAUAAAUAUUUAGCGUUUGCAAAAAAAAA